AUCUCUCUCUUUCUAAUACGAAUCUCUUUGUAAAAAGUGGUAUCAAAAGCUUACCUCACUCUCUCCCCUGAAACACCAUUUUCAAUUCCUGUCAUUGAAACCCCAUCAAAGGCAGUGCAAUGCCCCUCUUUCUCUCUCUCCUGCUUUUUUAAAUGCUUUUAAUCCCUCCCCUAGCCUCCAAAUGAAACCCUAAAAGAACCCACCCUCGUCUCCUCUUUGGAUUCUCUGUCUUCUCUGUUUUCCCCCGUGUUCUAUUUUUUGAGUUUUACAGCCAUGGAAGCUCUGAAUUUUCUCAUGUUUUGGAAACCUAGUAACGGGGUUCAUAAAGUAAAUCAAACCCAACCAUGUGAUGGAAACGGCGCCGCCGCCACCGUCACCGUCACUGCCACCGUCGCGUCUGGGGUUGUUUCGGAUCAUGAGUUGGAUGAAGGGGAGGACUCUUUCAUCGACUUGGAGUUUCCUCUACGUGAUUUUAAUGGCAAUGGUGGAGCUCGCCGUGAACUGACCAACAAUUUUGUUGGUAACAAAGAGCUUAGUUUGUCUCCCGCUGAUCACUUCUCGAAGAGAAAGAUUAUGCCUAUCGAGCCAAUCUCCAAGCCACAAUCGCCCAUUGCUCUGCUAAAAUCAGCUCAGAGAUUUCGAGUCUUUACUCCCAAGAAAUCCAAAUCAAUGGCGAAUACCGGUAACAAUACACGCCUACCGGAGAAAACCAAGCUCGUAGGUGUUUCAAUGGAGACCCCAAAGCAUGGAAACCAUAAUAGCAGAGAGCAUUUCACUAGAGAAAACAGUUUCCGAAGAACAAAAGGCAAAAUAGAAGAUGAUCCUUCGAAGAGAUUAUCAAAAGAUUUGGUACAUAAGUACUUGAAUGUAAUCAAACCAUUGUACACAAAAAUCUCCAAAAAGCACAGUCAAACCCACAAGUUCGAAGUGUCCGGCGACUUAUCAACGUUAUCUCCGGCUACUUCUCCGGCGACGGUAUAUUCUGUAAAGGAGAAACAGGGAAAUACUAAUAUUAAAGCGGGUUACAAGCAUCUGGGAAAAAGCCGAUCAGCCUCGGCUGCAGCGUCGCCGAUUAGCCGGAGAGAUGAUUCACUGCUGCUUCAACAUGAUGGGAUCCAAAGCGCCAUUUUACAUUGCAAGAGAUCUUUCAAUUCAUCCAGAGAAUCUUCAUGGUUAUCGAGAUGCACAAGCGAUUGUUCUUCGCAAGAGAAAUUAAGCAAUGCAUCUUCAACAGAGUCUUCUCUAUUUUCACGAGUUACAAGCAUUUCAUCAUACGAGAAACUAAUGGAUUCAGCAAGAACAUCAAGCGAAGAAGGCAAUGGCUUCACCACCUGAAAAAGUAUUGUUAAUAGACUUUAAAAAACUUCAUGAUCAUGAUGAUGUAAAAAUUGAAAAGGGGAAACAAAGGAAAAUUAAAAAAAAAAGAAAAGAAAAAAAAGAAAGGGGUAGUAAUUGUUUUUUGAUUGUUUAGUUUAUGAUGAGCAGUGAGUAGAGAGAGUAGUUUUCACUUUGUAAAGGUGAAGUUGUUUGUCCUUAUGAAGGAAUUGAAAGUUAACUCUUUUAUAUUUGGAUUC